UAAACAUGGAUAUGUAACUCACUAGCGUCGUAGGCAUGCCGGAGCCUAUCCCAGCUGUCUUGGGGCGAGAGGCGGGGUCCACCCUGGACUGGUGGCCAGCCAAUCCCACCCCGGAAGGAAUCGGGCAACGUAAUCAACACUAAUCAAUCAUGGAGGACGAUCAGGACACACUGAGUGUCGAGUGAGGGCGGGGGUGUCGCGGUGAUGGGAAUGCGGACGUAUUUGGGUGGCGUGACGGAUGUGACUCGGGUGGGUGUGUCCCUGCGUGGGUGCACCUUGGCAAAUCGGCUGGCUUUUAAAAAGUGGCCGCCAGAGACAUGCAGAAAAGGCGAACCGGCAGCCCGAGGACCAGUCGUGCGCUUUUCUCCUCCAGCAGCUCUCCAUCAUCAUUCAUCAUCAUUCAUCAUCAUUCAUCAUCAUCCAUCAUCAGCCAUCAUCCAUCCAUCAUCCAUCCAUCAUCCAACCAUCAUGAACGGCCACUGCAACGACGUCGUGGAGGAGUUCCACUGCAACAACGGCUUCUCCGAGCUCAUCAUCGACGCCAAGAAGUCCGCCGUGCACCGGCAGCACGAGACCUCCCGCAAGGACGCCGAGGACAAGAGCCGGCUUCCGGCCCUGGAAGCCGCCUACACCAGCAUCCUGCGGGAGCUGGGGGAGGACGCGGACCGCCAGGGCCUGCUGCGCACGCCCCUGAGGGCCGCUAAGGCCAUGCAGUUCUUCACCAAGGGCUACCAUGAGACCGUGGACGAUGUCCUGAACGACGCCAUAUUCGACGAGGACCACGACGAGAUGGUGAUCGUGAAGGGCAUCGACAUGUUCUCCCUGUGCGAGCAUCACCUGGUGCCCUUCUUUGGCAAAGUCCACAUCGGAUACAUUCCCAAUAAAAAAGUGGUGGGACUGAGCAAGCUGGCGAGGAUUGUGGAGAUCUUCAGUCGGAGGCUUCAAGUUCAAGAGCGCCUCACCAAGCAGAUCGCCAUCGGCAUAUCGGAGGCCCUGCAGCCAAAAGGCGUUGCUGUGGUUAUCGAGGCAGCGCACAUGUGCAUGGUGAUGCGCGGCGUGCAGAAGAUGAACAGCCGCACGGUGACCAGCUCCAUGCUGGGCGUCUACUUGGAAGACCCCAAAACCAGGGAGGAGUUCCUCACCCUUUCCAAACACUGAGCCGGCCGGGACGGGACGGUCUUGACGCCCAAAACAAGAAGCACAGACACCAAAGCUUGAAAGACGUCAGCGCUGCGGCUGACAUCAAUUCACUGUGAACACUCGACAAUUUCUUUAGACUUUUACUGCCCGGACGGGAACGCCAUUGGUGCUUUUGCAAAGUGCUACUACUCAAAGCUUUCAUCACGUCAUGACUUUUAUUAUUAUUAUUAUUAUUACUGCUCUAUUUUGCUCCACAUCUUUGUAACAUAGGACAUUUGUAAUAUACACAUUAUUUCUGUCUGUCCAUUGGAGUAGGAUGAGGAAAUAAGAUGGCUGCAAUGACAUUUUGCUUUUAGUAGCCUGUACGUAUUUUGAACCGUGUUUACUGAAAUAAAAAGCAUA